AUGUCUCCCCUCAUCCCACGAAAGCGCCCCCGCUCGAAUUCGCCGAAAGCAGAAUCCACACCAAAGCGAACUCCCGCGCAUCCUCGUCGCCAAGAACCCACCUCGAACACGUCACCGAACCUGCCGCGCACCCUUUCACAGAAGAAGCAGCAGUUAGAGAAAUUCAUCGGCGGCGAUGACGACAGCGACCUUUCCUCGCUCGAGAGUAGCGAAGACGAGUUUGAAGACGUCCCGAUGGCAAGCACCAAGGCGCAAGGCAAGCAGAAGGCACAGAGCGACAGCAGCGAUGAUGAAAGCGAAGAGGAAGAGUGGGAAGAUGCACUCGGAACAAAACACCACACUAAGCACGAUGCAGAACCCGAGCGUGAACCCGUUAUUUCAGGCGACUUGAACCUCACGCUCGAUGCGCCGGUGGUGGUCGAAUACACCAAAGAGAGUGGCAAGAAGGGACCAAGUAAAAGGGACAGGCAAAUCAGGAUUGUCACACAUUGCAUGCAUGUGCAGUUUCUUAUGUUUCACAACCUGAUAAGGAAUGCGUGGGUAUGUGAUCAAGAGGUGCAGAGAAUAAUGUUGGGGCAUCUGAAUGCAGGGUGUUGGAAGGCGGUGAAUCGCUACUGGAGAGAUGCGGGUAUUGUGGACGGACCAGAACGCAUUGUCAAGGGCGGCUGGACGGAUAAGAUAGUGGAUGACAUUGGGAAGACGGGAGCGUGGAUAUCGAGCGGUACGAAGGGCGUGCAGGUGUAUGAAAGCCCACAGAAAGCAGCCAAAGGCAAAGGUGGAAAGGGUAAAGCUGCGGCAAAAGCUGGAUCAUCGGAAGACAAGGCAAAGAAGACAGGCAACGAUCGAAAUGCGCGGGAUUGGGGUGCGACCUCAGAACGUGUGGAACCUAACACGCCAAACCUCUCUGCUGGUGAUCCAUUACCGCGGCUAUUGAAUUAUCUGGCUAUGUACUGGAAGGGAAAGUACACAAUUACGGCACCAUCGUUGCGCAAGCGCGGCUUCCUUUCUCUUGCCGAUUUGGGGACAGAGAUAUGGGCUUGGAAAGAUCACCAGGACGAUGCCAACGCCUUUGGAGAGCGGGUGGAAGAUUUAGGUGCGUUCAGAGAAUUGGCUCGAAAUUGCGAGGGCAGUAGGGACGUUGGACAACAACUCUUCACGUCCCUUAUUCGCGCUCUUGGAGUAGAAGCACGGAUGGUAGCGAGCCUUCAACCUGUAGGGUACAGGUUCAACAAGGCCGAGGAAGGCAAGUCGAAGGAUCUCAGCAACCUCAGAAAUGACACCAAAGGAGCUCAGACGAAUGGUUCAAAACGUACAUCGAAUAACCCAAGUCCUGUGAAGUUGCACGGCGGUAAGGACGAUCCCAUCGAUUUAUCGGAUUCAGAGCUCAGCAGUGCAAUAUCGAUAGCAUCUGGUGACCAAGAAGAGCCUGGGAGCAAAGACCCAGAGAACGCACCCCAGUGGCAGGAUCGCUUUUACGGUCGUGUAAUUCCAUACCCGACGUAUUGGACUGAAGCCAUUUCGAAUCUUACCCAUACACCAGUUGCAAUAUCAAUACUCCCUAAAAUAACGGUGGCCACACCUGCUGAUGGAAAGUACUACCUAUUCGAAUCAACCCCUGCCAAUGCAGAAAGAGGCCACCAAGUCUUCGCAUACCUCAUUGCUUUCUCUUCGGACGGCUCCGCAAAGGAAGUUACGACCCGUUAUCUGCGGAAUCGCCGCUGGCCAGGCGUAACGAAAGGCUUCCGAAUGCCCGUCGAGAAGAUCCCAAUUCACAAUAAGAAAGGAAAGGUCAAGAGAUGGGACGAGUGGAACUGGAUCAAAUCCGUCCUUCGCCCGUACGCCCGCCCACACUCAAAGCGCCAGCCCUGGGACGAGGUCGAAGACGAAAGCGACCUCGUCCCUGCGCAGCCUGUGAAGCUCAAAACCAUGGACGAAGGCGCAAAAGAGACACUCCAGGGCUACAAGAACUCUGCCAAGUACGUGUUAGAGCGACACCUGCGCCGCGAAGAAGCUAUCGAGCCCGGUGCUUCCAUGGUCCGCUAUUUCACUACCGGCAAAGGCGACAACGAGAAGCAAGAGCCGGUGUACCGACGUGAGGAUAUGGUGACGUGCAAGUCUGUGGAGUCGUGGCAUAAGGAGGGACGCGCGGUCAAGGAGGGCGAGCAGCCGCUCAAGUUCGUAAAUAUGCGUGCCGUUACCGUUCAACGAAAGCGUGAGAUCGAAGAGCGCGAGCGGGAAGAGGGUCAGAAGAUGAAACAGGGCUUGUAUUCUGAAGCGCAGACCGACUGGAUUGUUCCUGAUCCCAUUGUGGAUGGCAGGAUCCCACGUAAUGCUUUUGGGAAUAUUGAUGUGUACGUGCCUACGAUGGUCCCGACGGGUGCGAUACAUAUCCCACUCAAGGGCACUGCGCGGAUCUGCAGAAAACUUAAUAUUGACUAUGCAGAAGCGUGCACGGGCUUCGAAUUCGGCAAGCAGCGUGCUGUACCCGUUAUUACGGGGGUUGUCGUCGCUGUGGAGAAUGAAGAUUUAGUCAUUGAUGCAUGGGAGGCUGCGGAAGCGGAGAAGGCUAAGAAAGAUAAGGACAAGAGGGAGAAACAUGUCCUUGGGCUGUGGAAGAAGUUCCUCCUCGGAUUGAGGAUCGUGGAGCGUGUCAAGCGCGAUCACGGCCAGGAUGCGGUGGAGGUCUGGCAGAAAGAGACGACGAAAAAAACCAGAGGACAAGCGCAACCGAAGGGACAGUCGGAGUGGGAUACAUUUCAGAACCAUGAUGGCGGAUUCGAGGGCGGGUUCGUGCGUGAUGAACUAAGCGCUGCAGGUGGAUUUCUCCUUGAGCAUGACGAUACGCCUAGGAAAGAUGCAAUUAUGGCGGGCGAUAUCCUGCAAUCCGAUGAAGAGGACGCACAACCGCCUAUAUCUUCCUUACGUUUGGAUGGCGAAAAUAUCGAACAUGCACAUUCAGAGGCCAAGGCAACCGCAGCAGAGAAUGCAUACCAAACACCCAUCUCCAUGCAAUCAUUGCACCAAAAAGACGCUAAAGAAACACAAGACGACCAACAGGAUGAGGAUCCCAACGUCGAAGUCUCAGACUCAGAUGAUGAACCGCUGGUACCUUAUUCAAGCAAACAUACACGUAGGAUCUGCUCCUCUCGAGCUCGUGUUCGCGACCAAGCCACGAAGCGCGCUUCAACCUCGACAUGCAAACCAACUACCUGCAGACCCAUCGUCGGUUCCGAAGAUCAUGGUUCCAGUCUUUCUAAUCCUUCCCUAGAUGUCCCUGCCUCCUCCGCCGACCCUAUAGACGCCGGACUCCCAGACAACAAUUCGGGAAUUUUCACCCCAGCUCCACGGAGUACACGAGGAAAGCGCAAAGUCGCCACCUCACCUGUAGAGAGCAGAUCAGUGCCCAAGCGCAAGGCGGCUAGGAACAGUACGGCGCAGGUCAAGAGUCACUUUUUCGCGGGGAGCGAUGACGAGACUGAUGCAGCGGAUCGAAGUCCGCAGAAACAUAGUAUCAUGGAAAGAGGCAGGGGUCGACGGCGGGGUAAGGGUCGCGGAAAAGUCUGA